AAAAAUGAGAAUCCGGGGAUUUAUGUCUAUGUGGGGAUACUUGGUUCAGGAGUUAAACGUAUUGGAUUCUCUCCCCCAUCUGCAUAGCUCGAGAUGUUCUGUGGUUUCAAAGAUGAAGAAUGCUUCGCUAUCGACGCUCCGCUGUUACUCUACUGAAUUGCAUCAUCAGAUAUCCCCCAACCUCAUUAAUAUCAUGGAACAAAGACUGUCUGCAAUUGAACACAGGAGUGCUUAUCUUCAAAAUCUAAUGAACCAGUCAGCAGCCUCGCCAGCAGAUUAUGCAAGAGCUAAUAAGGAGUUUCGGCAACUUAGAAGAUCUAUGGACCUCAUAAAUGAAUUGAGGGCCAAACAGAAGGAGAUGGAUGGUUUGAAGACAUUGUUGGCUGAAUGUCGUGAGGACAAAGCUAUGUGUGACAUGGUAGCUGAGGAGUUGAGCGAGGCUUUAGGGGAGGAAAAAAGGCUGCAGCAUCUCCUCUUGAAAGCAUUGCUUCCUAAGGAUGACGCUGAUGAAAGGGACUGCAUUUUGGAGGUGAGAGCAGGGACUGGAGGGGAAGAGGCCUCUUUGUUUGCAAUGGACAUUUUCAAAAUGUACGAGAGGUACUCGCAAAAGAAAGGUUGGAGAUUUGAAGUUGUUGACAUAAUGGAAUCUGAUCUUAAAGGCUAUAAGGAGGCUAGUGGAUCAAUUUCAGGAGCUGAUGUGUAUGGGAAACUUAAAUUUGAAAGUGGCAUUCAUAGGGUGCAGCGAGUUCCAGUGACAGAAAAAUCUGGGCGUGUCCACACCAGUGCUAUUUCAGUUGCAAUCCUCCCUCAGGCUGAUGAGGUAGAUGUUCAGUUACGGAACGAAGAUUUGAAAAUCGAUACUUACAGAUCUGGUGGGUCAGGUGGUCAGCAUGCAAAUACCACUAACAGUGCUGUUAGGAUGACUCAUAUUCCAUCAGGGUUGACUGUAUCAAUACAAGAUGAACGAUCCCAACAUAUGAACAAGGCCAAAGCACUUAAAGUAAUAUGUGCAAAGUUAUAUGAGAUGGAGAGAUCUAGAUUACACACAACCCGAUCAAAACUUCGUUCAGAGCAGAUUGGGAGUGGUGAUAGAUCAGAACGCAUCCGUACAUACAAUUUUCCCCAGGGACGUGUGACAGAUCACCGUGUUGGGAUCACUCAUCAUUCACUAACUGAUAUGAUGCAGGGUGAGAGCCUGGAUGUCUUUAUCGAUGCUCUUCUUUUACAGCAGGAGAUGGAUGCAAUUGCAUCUUUCAGCUCAAUCAAGUGAACAUUUUUCAAAGCUCCAGUAGUC